GACAUACACUCGCACCAUGUGAGCUCUACCACUAGCCCCCUGUGUGUGUACAUCACACUAUCUACAUGGCAUGCAGUACAGCGGCGCGCCGGAGUACGCGCAGCACUACGCGCCGCAACAGCUGCUGCCGCGCCACCACGGCCACCACGAGCCGCACGCGCACCUGCGCCACCACCGCGACCACCACGACAUACACUCGCACCAUUUGUCUCACGGAGGCUUCAGCUAUGGUGCGGGCGGCGAGCGACGCGCGGACUAUGGCGCGCGCGAGCAGCACGAACUGGCGCUGCACCACGCGUUGCACUCCGCCGAUGACACGCAGAAUGCAGGCAUGGACGACACGACUGGCUUUAUGACAGAUCUUCCAUUAUUAAAAACAAUGAAAGGUCGCGACGGGCUAGGCGGCACCGGGACGUGCGCACCUAACGACGUGUUCUGCUCCGUCCCGGGGAGACUCUCCCUGCUGUCCUCCACCAGCAAGUACAAGGUGACGGUGGCAGAGGUGCAGAGGCGGUUGUCGCCGCCGGAGUGUCUCAACGCGUCGUUAUUAGGAGGCGUGUUAAGAAGAGCUAAAAGCAAAAAUGGUGGUCGUCUACUGCGGGAGAAGUUAGAAAAAAUCGGACUCAACCUGCCCGCGGGGAGACGGAAAGCAGCCAACGUUACCUUACUUACCUCGCUAGUGGAAGCGGAAGCAGUGCACUUAGCGCGAGACUUCGGCUACGUGUGUGAGACGGAGUUCCCCGCGCGCGCGCUGGCGGAGUACCUCGCGCGACAGUACGCCGAGCACGACGCCAGGCGGCGGCGGGACCUGCUGCAGGCCACUAAGCAGGUGGUGAAGGAGGUGAUGGACUUGCUGAACCAGGACCGCUCGCCGCUGUGCAACACGCGGCCGCCGCACCUGCUGGAGCCGGCCAUCCAGCGUCACCUCACGCACUUCUCGCUCAUCUCGCACGGCUUCGGCGGACCCGCCAUCGUCGCCGCGCUCACCGCCAUACAGAAUUUCCUCAACGAGUCACUGAAGCAUUUAGACAAAUUGUAUCCGCAAAGUGGUAUGGUGUCGUCGUCAAUGGACAAAACAAAAAUGGACCCCGACAUCAAGAAGUAACAAAUGCACUACCUCGGCGUUGGCCGCCAUGGAGCAGCGACGCGAACUUUAUGAGAAAUGUUAUUAAAUUAUACUUUCAAAGACUUCUGUAUAUACUGCUAGACGGCCAAUUUUAACUUUUUUAUAAACUGCCAUAACUGGCUGUGGUUUCUAGAACUUGAGUCUCGUAGAACUCAACAGAUAAAGCCUUGAGAACAAGAAAUCUUGAGAUAUUUUCUGUAAGCUUCGGGUUUGGGAUAAUUUGACGACAAUAAUACACAUACAGAACAAUUUUGUGCACGUCUAGUGGUGUGUACAGAAGACUUUGCAUAACUUGCAUUUUUUAUGAUGGCACUAUUUUCUAGAUUGUAUGACAUAGCGUUGGUUUUAUAUUCAUGUAAAACCUUGAGUUUCUUAGAAAACUUUAUCUAUAUGAGAAUGUUGACCAGAUUUUUUUUAAUGAAACCAAACGUAUGAUUAGCACAUGUUCAUAUUUUGAUUGUAAUUUGGAGAUCUUGAAUUAAUAAGGAAAACUACACGCGUAUUUUCCGCGUUGGAUGGGCAGCCAAAGUUUAUACUCGUAACUGCGUUAGAAAUCAUAAUAUCUGUACUACCAAACAGCAAUAAAAAUAGCUACAUAGAAAUUACAGAUAACAAACAUUAAUAAAUUAAGGAGUCAUCUCAGACUCUGGCUAUAAAAUUAAAUAGUUGUUCGUUUUAUAGCCAGAGUUGGACUGAACAUAAACAAAGCAGUAUCGACUGUAAUCAAGUCAUCCGCUUACAAAAAUGGACAUCCAAAUGUAAAUUUGAUUCAUAGGUAUUAUUUUGUAGUUAAACAAAACUCAUUAAAAUAAAGUGCAAUUAUGAAAUACUCAAGAUUGUGAGAAUUUUGUAAAUAUAGGACUAUAAAUAGGUUAUUAUUUAAGCAAACUGCAGUGUGUGGUCGUUGUUCGAUUUGUAUUUAAUCAAAAUAAUAUUAGUUUUGUUUACGUUCCGACAGUGUUUUGUUUCUUACAAAAAAAACGAAAUAAUUAAAAUAUUAUUAAGCUUCUGACACAGGAAAUACUUCUAACAAAUUAUCAUAAUAAUAGAGACUAAUAAUAAAUACGAGAAGAUAUUUUAUUAUAAUAAAAACCAUUAUUACUUUAACGUGUUUUGUGUUUGAUUAUUAUACAUCAUUAGGCGCGGAAAUUAAUGAAAAAUACAGUAAACAAACACAAAAGUUUUCUGUUAUUUAACAUUAGUAGAAUUUUGUUAUAUUCAUAGUAGAUACAUACUCGUAAUUAAAUUAAUAGUAACACUUUAUAUAUGUUUUGUGAAUUUGGUAUUUUUUCAUAAUAUAACAAUGAGUUUUUUCGUCACAAUGAGUUGAUUGAAUUACAAAUAUACCAGAGUGAAAUAUAUAAAGUGAAGAGGAAAAAUCAUAAGAGUCUCUUUUGUGUCAGAGGAUUAAUUAAGUAACUGGAUAGAAUUUGUUCACCACCGCCAUAAGGGACAUAUCAAAUUUGUUAAAAUUUGUACAUAGUUAAUAUAGAAAUUAAAUACUAGCCUUCUCACUUGUUCAUACGUAACAUAUUUUUAACACGCAAACCUCUUUAGUUCGUAAUAAUAUAAUUAGGAAUAGUUUUGCUAGUGAUUCAUUGUGAAAGUGUGCCAAUUAGUUAUAAAAUUCCAUUGCAUUUGUAUGUGACCGAGACUGGUAACUUGAGCAAAUGUAUUUUUAUAGAAGUAAUUAUGAAAAUAAUGUUUAUUUAUGAAUUAUGAAUGACUUAUUUCAAUAUCCCGAGCGAUAUAGUUUCAGACGUAUAUUGGACGCCAAUGCUCAGAACCACUUGUGUGUGUAGGUACCCUAAAUGCUAAUUUGUACAUCUUGCAAACGUAGAUUAUUUCGAAAAUAUCUUUUCAUCAUUUAUAAUGUUAUACAGACCUAUAAAAAUGGUAUCUUUAUGAAUAACUUGAAUUAGUAUAAAAACUAAAACAAAUUACAGACGUAAAAUAGACCUUCUAUAUUUUUUUUGCUUAUGAUAAAGUAUUUUACUGAGUAUUUUACUUGAUACAACCUUUUUUUGGACUUAUAAACAAGAUUUAUAUUUUCACAAAAGCUGAUGAAGCCUUUGAAGCUCGAGAAUCGAUAUCAUAAUAAAUGUUUAUUUAAAUAAAUGUCAUUUAAUUAAAUAAUUCGAUCCAAUUCAUUUCAUCCAAGGGUGCGAUUCGGCUACUUGGCACUCGUCGACGAAAUUGUGACACGUCUUCGAAUUUGAACAUUAUGUUUAUUUAAGAUGCCAAAAAUAAAAUGCUUCCAACCACGCAGUUGCCAUGGAAAUGAGCGAUGUCACAUCGCUGUAACUUUACAGAAUGCAGGGGCAGUUCUUCCGUUACAAUAUGUAUUUCCAAAACCAAUAACAUUGCACGAUGUACAAGUUUGUAGAUACGUCAUAAUACUAAUAUAAUAGAUACAGGAUGACUUCAGCCUGAGUUUAGUCUGUGAUAGAGAUACUACAAUUGAAAAUCCUGGCGUUUACUGUAUUUCUGUUAAAAAUUAUAUUACUAAAGACUUCUAUGUACAUUGUACAACGAGCUACGAAACGAUUAAGCCGUCUUUUUGUAUCCUUCAUUUCUUGCUUGGUUGUGUUAAGAGUAUAUAAUUAAAACAAACCAGCGUCUAAAAUGUUUAUAAACUUGACCUGAUCGAAACACUAAUUGAAUAGUUUCAGCCAAGUUUUACGGGAUCACCUACUCGUUAUUGUAUACAUAGAAGUCUUUGUAUUAAUGUACCAAUUAAAUCAGUUAGCAAUAUCAGCCACAAGGCAUGAAUAGCUUUUAUUAUGCUGAGAUAUUUUCGACCGAAAUGAUCUGUCGAAGCAAAAUCGAACAGUUAGUAAACGACCUUAGCUAACAGGGCCGGAUCUAGGCACUUGCCCAGAUCGGCAGUUUCAAGAGGGCGUUGUUUUUUUUUAUUUUAAAAUUUUGCUGAGUUGUCGUUGAGUACCUACCUAAUACUAAGGUAAUAAAAAAACGCAAUUUAAUUCAAAGGGAAUUUUAUUUUCCACUCACGAAGACCUUGUAAUUGUUUUUCCCUUGUUUUAGUUAUUUUUUCCAAGAAUUUAAAUAAACCGCUGAACUGUCUAGCUUGGUGAGCUCAUAAACCGAAGCUAUUAGCUACGAGAUAGACACUCGUAUAUGUCUGUUUAAAUAGACGAUUAAAAUUGAAAUGUCAUCGCAUAAUCGAAUUAACUAUUCCAAUGGAACCCUAUUCAUUCAUUACAUCAUUUUAUUACAUCCGAAUUAAACAAAAUAUUAAAUUAUUUUAACACAAUUUUUGUAAAUAUGUAAGUUACUGAAAUUAUUCAAAUAUAUUUAAAAAUCAGCAAACGCA